GUAUUAGUACUAGUUUACGAUGUCCAAUACUAUGACUUCAGUAUUCCCCGUAUAAAUCAAAUCUUUUAGUAAAAAUUGUCAAAAGUAAAUCUUUGCGUACCACCAACUAUUUUGUUCUUAGUCACUGCUAAUUUGUGAAUUUCUAAUACUUGCUACAAGUAACAGGUUAAUAAUGCCAGCCAACGAGAUGGGAUUUUCAGAAGAACAAGUUGGCGUGAAAUUGGACCGAUGUGUCUCUGAUACAAUCGUUAAAGGAAGUGGGGGUCUUAUUAUUGGAUCAGUUGUGUCAUUAUUAUUUUUACGAAGACGUUUGUGGCCUGCAUGGCUUGGUGCUGGUUUUGGCGUUGGUGUGGCUUACAGUACUUGUGAAAACAACUUAAACUCAGUAAAAUAAUUGUUUUUGCAAAUGUAUAUACAA